AUGGACGCUCCCAAAUCCCCAACAGUGGAGAUCCACCCCUCGCUCUCUCCCUCCCUCGCAGCCUCGAACGCUCCUCGUCCCUCUUCCGCCUCUCCCAGCGAGAAACCCCAAGGAGGAGGAGGAGGAGACGAACCACCACAGGAGCAGGAAUGGUAUGACCCGAGCAAGGAGAGUUGGGCUACUCGACUUGGUGUGAAUUGGGAGAGCUUCAAGAGGGCGCCGGGGGCUACUGCGGGACUGGAAGCGGUUGGAGGACAUGUCGACCCGCUGAAGCCCGUGGAGAACCCGAUGCUCCAGCAGCGAAUGAAACCGCGACACCUUCAAAUGAUCGCGGUCGGGGGCUCAAUCGGAACGGGGUUGUUCAUUGCGUCGGGCCAAGCGCUCAAGCAGGCUGGACCGCUUGGUGUUCUAAUCGCGUGGGUCAUCGUAGGAGUAAUGCUGCUCAACAUCACCCAAGCCCUCGGCGAACUCGCCAUCGUCUUCCCCGUCUCUGGAGGCUGGAGCGUCCUCGCCGUGCGCUUCGUCGACCGCUCCUUCGGCGCCGCAGUCUCCUACAACUACGCAGCGCUGUGGUGCGUCGUCCUCCCGCUCGAACUCACGGCCGCUGCGAUCGCCGUGCAGUAUUGGGAGGCCGCGGCAAAGGUACCCGUGGCGGUGUGGAUCACGGUCUUCUAUGUCGCGAUUAUCAUUUUGAACGUGUUUGGGACGCUUGGGUACGCCGAGGAAGAGUUUUGGGCCUCUCUCCUCAAGCUCGGCGUCGUCGUUGUCUUCAUCGUGAUCGGCAUCGUCCUCAACUGCGGCGGCGGCAAGAACGAGUACUCGACCUACGUCGGUGGACGGUACUGGCGCGACCCUGGACCGCUCGCGGACGGGUUUCAUGGAGUUGCGGCGGUGUUCGUUACGGCUGCUUUCUCGUUCGCCGGCACGGAACUCGUUGGACUCGCCGCGACCGAGACGAAAGACCCGCGCCGCUCCCUCCCCAGCGCGAUAAAGUCGACCUUUUGGCGAGUCACCGUCAUCUACGUCUGCACCCUCUUGAUCAUCGGCCUCAACCUGCCUUACGACAACCCUCGUCUCCUCGGAGGAGGAAGCGACGCCGGCGCUUCGCCUUUCGUCAUCAUGGUCGAGCGAGCGGGAUUGCACGGACUCGACCACCUCAUCAACGUCACGAUCUGCAUCUCGGUCAUGAGCGUCGGAUUGGCGUCGUGUUACGCUGGGUCGAGGAUCAUCUGCGCGCUCGCCGAGACCGGGUUCUUGCCGCGCCAACUUGCGUACGUCGACAAGUCUGGACGACCGCUCUACGCGACUCUCUUCGUCCUCGCUUGCGGUCCGAUCGCCUACGUCAACUGCAGCUCGAGCGGCGAGACGGUCUUCAACUGGCUCAAAGCCCUUACCGGCCUCUCAACCCUCUUCGGCUGGGGCGCAAUCUGCAUCUGCCACAUCCGUUUCCGGAGGGCAUGGAAAGUCCAGGGUCACCAUGUCGACGAACUCCCCUUCCGGGCGGCGGCGGGAGAGUACGGCUCGUACUUUGGUUUGCUGGUGAUCGUGUUGGUGUUUGUUGCGCAGUUCUACAUUGCCCUCUGGCCGCUCGGCGGACCCGCCUCGAACCCCGCCGACCGCGUCCAAGACUUCUUCCUCUCCUACCUCGCCGCCCCAGUCUUUCUCUUCUUCCUCAUCACCGGCUACGCAAUCAACCGGACUUGGCCCCUCCGAGCAAGCGAGAUAGACAUUGACACCGGUCGCAAGACUUUCUACACGGCGGAGGAGAUGAAUGCGUGGAGGAGGGAGAGGAAGAACGCGCCUUGGCACAUCCGGUUGUUCCGGAUGUUGUUCACGUACUGA